AAAUGUGGAGAUUGGAUGGGAGUCUGAGAAAAUAAAGGGGAAAUUAGUACGUGGUGUGUGUGUAGAGAGAAAGAGGGAGAGAGAAGAGCGAUGCUGAUGGUUCUGAAGAGUUUAGUGAAAGUAACUAUCUGGUACAUCCUAGCGGCAGCAUGUCGUAGUGUUUGUUGCGUUGGUGCCUUGUGCAGAAAGGCUCCAACUUGUUGGCUCAGCCACCAGUUCUAAACGCACUCACAGAGAGAGAGAGAGACAGGCAAGGACACUCAUUACACAUAACACCGGCACUUCUUACCGUCAAAUCUCCUCCAAAUUCUACGGAGGGGUGGGGGCAAAAAAGUAACCGUGAAUGCUGCCUUCAAACCAGCGGACAACUCUCCCAAGGACUAAUAGCAAUCGUUAUUUAGCUAUUUUAUCUAGAAGCUAAUAGUGUGGUUUUGUUUUGUUGUUGCUGCUGGGAGGAAUUAGUCGGUUUUUUUUUGUUUUUUUUGUUCCGUUACACUCGACAUCAAGGGAAGACAUCGACUCGACACGUUAUAACCUCUUUCAGGCGAACCGGUUUUCGAGCACCGAGCGUAUUGGAGACCGGGGGCACCAGAAGACGUGACUCGCACAUCACCUCCUCGUAUUAACGGUGGCCUCUUGCUGGCACUCUGGUCUCUUCCCCCUUCUUUAUUUGAGAACACACGUACACCCAACACAGCACAGAGAGAGAGGGAGGUGGAGAAGACAGAGACAGAGAGAGCGAGGGGAAAACAAACUUUGUUGUGGUUGUGUAUGUGUGUAUUUAUUUUAGGGGAGGGAGGGACGGGGUUGGAAGAAACAACGAGCGAUAUCCAAAAGAUAAGAGAAAUAUUGACCCCCACACACAAACAUUGCUUAAAGAUGAUAUGAGGAAGGGCAGGAGUGAUUUCACAAGAAGACGAGAGGGGAGGGGAGGAAAAAAAGUGGGAGCGAGCUUUGCUGGUGUUUGGGGUGGGGGGCAAAGAGAGAGGGGUGAGACAGAGAGAAGAGUAUGCCAACAUUUUAGGGUUUUUUUUGGGGGGGGGUGUAGGAGGUUUCCUUAAGGGACAAACAUCCACAUAAGGAGCAGCGUAAAAAGAGGGCAGGCGGCUGCCAUGCAAGUGGCUGGACGGUAAUUGAUCAGUGACUGAGUUCCCUCUCUCUCUCUCUCUCAGUGCGUGUGUCUGUGCUUCGUGUUUCUGAUUUGAAUAAAUCCCAAAGUGUCUCCCCCCUCUGGACAGGAGCCAAUCGUCUGUCAGAUGUGGCGAUGAUUAAUCGCAAUGCAUUAUUGAUAAUCAUAAUUAUAUACUGACAUGCGCACUUGCGCCGCUCCUGCCCGGCUAAUUUCCGUAAUUUUGCAACUCGGGUAUUUGCGAAAAAAAACAUUAUUUUUUUAUUUGUUGCUGAUGUAUCUGCCACCACCACCAUGUCGCGCCGCAAGCAAGCGAAGCCCCAGCAUCUCAAGUCGGACGAGGAAGCAGUGGCAAUAGUUUCGCAAAAUUCAGCCCCAGGGGAAGGAGCAGAUGAUGCUGAUAGUGGGAACGAAAGCAGAAGUGGAAGUGAGGAAACCCACAUCUGUGAGAAAUGCUGUGCAGAAUUCUUCAAGUGGUCUGACUUCAUGGAGCAUCAGAAGAAUUGCACUAAGAAUCCACUAGUCUUAAUUGUAAACGACGAGGACGCAGCACGUUCAGAAGACUUCCCUGAGCCUUCUCCUGCCAGUAGCCCAAGUGAUCAAGGAGAGAGUGAAGCUGCUGAGGAGAGCACUCAUUUGGAAGGAAAUGACAGCUCGGAGGUAAAGAGUGCAGAACAAGACGAGCCAAUGGAGGUGGAUGCUUCCACUGACAAGGGUUACCAGAAUCAAGGGACCUCAAGUACUGCUACGUCGCUACCUCAGAUUCCUGAAUCAUCUUCCAUGACAAAUUAUAAUAUGCCAAACACUAAUGUGACUUUAGAGACUUUACAAAGUACGAAAGUGGCGGUAGCACAAUUUUCACAAGAUACCAGAUCUAGCAGUCCUAGUUCAAAUAGUGGAGUAUCCACCAUUGCAAUCCCAAUGAUUCUAGAACAGUUGAUGGCUCUGCAACAGCAGCAACUCCACCAGCUUCAACUGAUUGAACAAAUCCGAAACCAAGUAGCAAUGAUGAAUCCACAAACUUUGCACCCUUUAAAUCCAUCAGCAUCUUCCCAAGGUACACCUGUAUCCGCUGCUAGUCAGCAUGUUUCAUUCACCAAUCAUUCUUCUAACCAGCUAUCAGCUGUUAUUUCAGCUUCGGGAACAGGACAGGCAUCCAGUAUCCACCCUUCUGCCUUUGAUAGUUCACAGCAAAUAGCACAGCCUGCCUCUGGAGCUAGCACUCCUGUUUUGCCCAGCAGUGUAUCUCCCAGGUCAGAAUCCACCAUGCCUCCAUCCACUACUGGAGUUUCAUCUUCAUUGACUCCAAGUUCUAGUUCAAAUACAAGUAACACUUCCUCACAGUUACAGUAUUCAACAUCAUCACUUGGCCAUGGUAAUCUUCUCAGCCCAGCUUCCAGCAUACCUAAUCCACUGCUACCUCAGAACACAUCAAGUAGUGUGAUCUUCCAAAACCCACUGGUCAGCAUUGCUGCAACUACUAAUGCUCUAGAUCCACUGGCUGCCCUUAUGAAACAUCGCAAAGGUAAACCACCCAAUGUUUCUGUUUUUGAUCCCAAAACAAGCUCAGAAGAUCCAUUUUUCAAGCAUAAAUGUAGGUUUUGUGCUAAGGUCUUUGGAAGUGACAGUGCAUUACAGAUUCACCUCCGUUCUCAUACGGGAGAGAGACCAUUUAAGUGUAAUAUUUGUGGAAAUCGGUUUUCCACUAAAGGCAAUCUCAAAGUUCACUUUCAGAGGCAUAAAGAAAAAUACCCUCACAUCCAGAUGAAUCCAUAUCCAGUCCCUGAAUACCUUGAUAAUGUCCCAACUAGCACAGGCAUUCCUUAUGGAAUGUCCUUACCACCAGAAAAGCCAGUGACAACAUGGUUGGACACCAAACCUGUGCUGUCAACGUUACCAACUUCAGUUGGAUUACAGUUGCCUCCAACUCUAUCAAGUAUUACCAGUCUGGCUGAGUCCCCAACUGUGACUCCUUUAAACAGAUCACCUCAAAGACCAUCUCCUCCAUCAAGUGAAUGUGCGUCUUUAUCACCAAACAUGAAUAAGAAUGAUUCUACCAUUCCAAUAACUGCAGAAUCUCCACAGUCAAUUAAUGGUGGCAAUUUGGUUCCCAUUGUGCAAGGUUUAAAUGUACCUAGUUCAAAUUUCAAGCCAGCAGAGGGCUGCCCGAGUGGACAGUCAAUUGCCUCUGCUCCUUGCUCUACCACAUCCUCUACUGCUGCGGACAAUGGAGUGAACAGCAUUCCUACAACUCUCUCAAGCCCUCUGCUGCCCAUAAUAUCUGGUCAGUUUAAGGCAAAGUUCCCAUUUGGCGGCCUAUUAGACUCUAUGCAAACAUCUGAGACCUCAAAAUUGCAGCAGCUGGUGGAGAACAUUGACAAAAAGAUGACCGACCCCAACCAGUGCAUUAUCUGUCAUCGCGUACUUAGUUGCCAGAGUGCUCUGAAGAUGCAUUACCGCACACACACAGGUGAGAGACCAUUUAAGUGCAAAAUCUGUGGGCGCGCUUUUACUACCAAGGGCAACUUAAAGACACACUUCGGAGUCCACCGAGCAAAGCCACCUCUUCGAGUACAACACUCUUGCCCCAUUUGCCAGAAGAAAUUUACAAAUGCUGUUGUUUUACAGCAGCACAUUCGCAUGCAUAUGGGUGGACAGAUUCCAAAUACGCCUUUGCCAGAGGGCUUUUCAGAUAGCAUGGACACUGACCUAGCCUGUGAUGAAGUGAAUGCUGAACUAAUGAGCAACUAUCCUGAUGAUGAACUGAUGGAUGAAAAUUCAAUGGAUGAGGAGGCAGAAUUAAACAUUACCACAUCUGAGUCUUCAAAGCAAUUGUUAUGUUAUUCUGGUUCAUCACCAAACUCUCCUCCUUCAGUGAUUUCUAGUAUCACAGCACUGGAAAAUCAAAUGAAGAUAAUAGACUGUGCUUUGAGCACACAACAGCAUUCCAGCAUUAAAUCUGUUGAAAAUGGAUCAAUGGAAAGUGAUCGCUUAACUAAUGACUCCUCCUCCGCUGUGGGUGACUUAGAAAGUCAGAGUGCAGGUAGCCCAGCAAUGUCUGAGUGUUCUUCUUCAAUGCAGGUAUUGUCACCGGUACACAGUAAUGCUGACAGUCAAAGAUCAAAGUCCCCAGGAUUUGGCAACCAAGAAGAGCCACAUGAGACAUCAGUGAAAUCAGAAAAAGCAGACAGUCCAUCAACUCAUCGGGAGAAUGGAGGUGCACUAGAUCUGACAGCCAACAACCUGGGUCGGCCGAUCAUCAAAGAAGAGGCUUUUAGUAUGCUGUUCCCCAACCAAGAAUGUGGUAAGUUGAAAAGUACUGUUUGUAGUAUCUGUGGCAAACCGUUUGCUUGUAAAAGUGCAUUGGAAAUUCACUACCGCAGCCAUACUAAAGAGCGUCCAUUUCUUUGCACAAUCUGCAAUCGUGGUUGCUCCACUAUGGGUAAUUUAAAACAGCACUUACUGACGCACAAGAUGAAAGAACUUCCUUCUCAGUUAUUUGAACCCAACUCCACUCUAGGUCCCACCCAAAGUACUCCUAGCCUGGUCACCAGCACCGCACCAACCGUGGUCAAAAUGGAAGUCAAUGGUCACAGCAAGCCGAUCUCCCUAGGUGAUGGUACGCAGGUUCCAGUUGGUAUACAGGCUCCAUCUGCACCACAGACAGCUAUGAGUCCAGGUAUGACACCCAUUCUGGCACCGCCACCUCGUCGGACACCCAAGCAGCAUAACUGUCCAUCCUGUGGGAAGACCUUUUCUUCUGCAAGUGCUCUUCAGAUCCAUGAGCGCACACACACUGGUGAAAAGCCAUUUGGCUGCACAAUCUGUGGCAGAGCUUUUACAACAAAAGGGAAUCUUAAGGUUCACAUGGGAACCCAUAUGUGGAAUAAUGCUCCAGCAAGACGAGGGCGUCGUCUGUCAGUGGAGAACCCAAUGGCUUUACUUGGUGGUGAUGCUAUGAAGUUCUCAGAGAUCUUUCAAAAGGAUUUGGCAGCUCGGGCAAUGAAUGUUGAUGCAACAUUCUGGAACCAGUACGCUGCUGCUAUUACGAAUGGUCUAGCUUUGAAAAAUAACGAGAUUUCUGUUAUACAGAAUGGAGGCAUUCCUCAGCUUCCUGUUAGCUUGGGCAGCAGUGGUAUCCCUGCUUUAACUAAUGUGACCAGCGGAAUGGACAGGGUUCGCACAGGCAGCAGUCCACCUGUAGCUGGGCUGGAGAAACCAAGCACAGAAGGAGGAGCAAAUCGGCCAUUCGCUAGAUUUAUUGAAGAUAACAAAGAAAUUGGCAUUAACUAAAACAUGGCACUCUUAAAUAUAAUUAACAUAUGGACCAUUUUACCAUUGGAAUCUUGUACUAUAUUAUGUACAGUUUUUGGAGCAUACCUUCAAUAGUUGUUAAGAUACAAUUUCAACUCCAAAUACUCAGUUGUUGGUGUUUUCUUGCUCCUUUACUCAUACCCAGAAUCAUGAAAGUUCCAAAUUCUGGUUAUGGUUUGAGUUGUCUUGCAAGAUUUGCAUGGUACUACUUGUUUCAAUAGUAAAAUUUUACAGAAAAGUACUUCAAAACUAAAAAGAAAAUUGUACAUUCAUAAAAUUAAUAGACCCUUGAUUACCGUGAACAGAUGAACUGUUUGAUGGAUUGGAAACUGGGUGGGGCCAUAGCUCUAAUUUAGUUCCUUGAUAACGAUACUGUGAGUGGAAUCGCUAAGGGCCUGGAAACCAUAAACUGGUUGGAGUAUGGCUGGACAAGUGUGCUAAUUGUCUUCACAUAAAGUAGAAACUUGAAAUUAUAAUUUUGUUUUCCUUUUUAAGAUGUCCUACUCUUUAAAAAGAGAAAAAGGUGAUUUAUUUGUGUCCCUGGAGAUGUGUACUUUUAAAAAGAAAUGUGCUUGUCUGUACUACUUAUACUGUCAAAAUUAUGCGGGUCAGAAAUAGUGUCCAACCCCACCCUCAAUUUUGGUAUUGGCAGAAAUAUAUGCAAGAUAUAUAUAUAUAUAUAUAUAUAUAUAUAUAUCUACAUGUUUUUAAAUUAUAGCCAGAUACGUAAUGAUAUUUGAAAGUAUCUUCUCUCACCUAUUGGAAAAAACAAAACUUGUGGACUUGUCAAGUUUUCUUUCUUUUUCCGAAUUGCAAAUGAAUGCCAUUGCGACUUUUUGGUUGAAAGUUUUAAACUGUUUUAAAGAAGCUGCUAUUUCGCCCUUUUAGGUCAGAUAUGUACUUCCAAUGAGAGAGGGUAGGAUUAUGUUUGAAAAAGUGAAAUCCUCCAUUAAACAACCUUUAAAAAAUUUAGACUGGGACUGAAUCUAAAUGUAAUCACUUCCAAUUUCACUUAUGUAGAGAGAGCACACCCUAUUUGUUAUUUAAACUGUCAGAAAUCAAAUGUAUACUGAAGUACAUUUUAAAAUUUAAUCAUGGAAUAUAGUAUCUCAGUCCUCCCAAAAAAGUUUAGUCUGUUUUAUUUUAACACUUUUGUGCUAAAAUGUUAUUUUCAUAGACCCAUUGCAAAACAAUGUGAUGGUUCUUCCUUACCUAUGCUGGCUGCUUCCAUUUUAAAAUUAUUAAGGUAUUUAAUUGAUCAACUGGUACACAUUUGUUGCUGGUCCAACCCAGUACUUAAUAUGUUAUUAAAUGACAUGUAUUUUGACAGGUGGUAACAAGAGUCUAUUUAGGACAUUCUUGAUGCCAUGGAACUGCAUUUAGUUUUAAAACAUGUAUUUGCAUCACAUGAUGUGUUUUUAUUUUAAGAUAAAAGCAUCCACAAUUGGACGACAACUGUUUUCAGCCCAGUUAAUACUUUAAAAAAAUCCUUUCUCUUCUACUGCAGCAUAGAUGUUAAAUUAAUUAUUUCACACUGCUUAGCAUCUACAUUAAAAUGGCACACACAGGAAUGUAUGCGAAUGUGUUAAUGGGUGUGUUAAAACUGUACAAAAGGAACUGAAUCCACCAGAGUCCUGUAUUUUUGAGUUGGUUAAAAAUUGUUAACGGAACAUUUUAUUUUUCCCUUAAAGUAGGUGACAACAUGAAAACCUUUAUUAUUAUUUUCUCCAAUUAAAGUCCGCCUUUAAAUGUUAAGAUCGUGGAAAACAUACCUUGGCAAUCCUUGUUUUUUUAUCCUGCUUGCUUUGUGGUUGGUGCAGUAGAACGUCAAAUUAUGAGGCACAAAGGGAUAGUCUUUUUUUUAAUCUACAUGCCAGUAGAUUCUGGCUUUGCUCCAUUUUUCAGUGACCAUAGACAGGGGCAUUUGUACACUGGAGCACAAGAUUUUCUGCCCCUUUGCUCUGCAGAGUCACUAACAUUUUGCACACUUCAUGGAGCCUUCGCCUUUUGUGUUGACAGCAGAAUACGUUUGGGACAAGAAGGAAGCAAGGAGCUCUUAAGGAAACAAUAAUCCCUUUGCAUGUCAUAAUUAACUCCAAGUUAGAAUAGUGAGUUUUCCAUCAAUUCAUUAAGUUUUCUGAUUCCGAUUUACUUGAGCUGGAACUAACGAUAUUACUCAGUAUCAUCAAGUGUAAAAGCAUAGCUGGAGCAGAUGCUGUGAUGUCCUGUGAAAUUGAGGUGUUGAGAUAUCUACUUCUUUUGCAUCUGUUCCCCUCAGAUUCUGUUCGUAAUUACUUUGACGUACUGCUCAGUAACUAGAAGCAACCACUAAUAUCGCUGUGCCCAAUCUUCAUGGAGUCAGCAAUGAGCAUGUGGCUGGUGACUGGAGAAAUGUCAAGUUGUGAGGAAAAAAAUCUGGAUAAUGUUCUCAACUCAUGGAACUGAGCACAAGUUUGGUUAUGUAACAAUUAUUUAUUCUGAUUGAGAGCAAGUUAUUCCAAAACAUGAUCAUAAUACUGCCCCUGCACAAGUAAUACUUCUGUGAGUUUUUAUUUUAUGUAGGACAGUAAAUGAAAUGAAAUGAGGACCUAGAAACAAAGUGAAGCCAUACAAACCCAAUAUUGUGUCCCUAAAAGUUCUGUUGACACUGUUGAACCCCUUGAAUGUCAGAUCUUUGUGCCAGUUGAUCAUUAAGAGGGUAAAUUCCACCGGCAACAAAUUUAACUGAAUACAGCAGCAUGAACAGAAAGUGGGAAAUCCAAUUUUGCACUCAUAAUGAUGUUUUUCACUAAAAUUAUUGACUGGAGGAAUUUCACAUCAAACUAAUUUGUAUAAUUUGAAUUCAGUAAUGGAGCUGGGAUAUGUAAAGUACCUUGCACCUUAUGCUACGGCUGAGAUGAAUACCUAUGAAAGAGUUUUGUGCAAAUCUUUUUUGACCUUUUUAAACACAGCAGAUUUAGAACUGAACAACAAAUUUCCAUAGACUAAAGACAAGUAUUAAAUGUAAAAUAAGAAAACAUAUGUUAUGAAUUUGAUAAAAGUGUUGUAAACUUUCAUUAAUGUUUAAAAUGCUGGAAAAUCCAUUCAGACUGGCUAAUUGUCUUCUUGGAAUGCUUUGGGUAUCAAGCACAACUGUCCAUUAUGGUAAAAGAGUGACACAACUGGUGAUCAUUAAUUAAUGGUGCACCAUAUUAAGAAGUGUGACAAUGUUUUAAUCUACAUUAUUAUUAAGUAAGCUAGUAAAUUGGGAUGGGUGGAGCUUAAUCAAAACUUGAACUAACAGUAACCGUUUCGUGUACAGUACUACCUCAUUUUUUUUGCAUUGAAAGCACGGUGGACGGUGGUGUACAAACUUCCAUUUGUAUGAAAUUGUUUUUGAAGAGAUAUUGCAAUAAGGAUUGGGCAAAAGACAUGGUAAUCACACAGUGGAGUUGCAUGGCGGGUAUUUUGAAUGGACUGAUAGUGGGACAAUCUGCUCAUUGCGAAAGAAUUUAGGUUUCUCUUAAAGAACAUUAAAAAGUAUCACUUUACUGGUUGUUUCUGUCAUCUUGUCAUGACCAACCAACAUGAAGAGACAUGACUGAUCCUGGAAGAGCUGUUUAUACCCCCACUAAAACUAUUGUAUUUACCACAAGGGGAGUUGUUCCUACAAUGAGAACAAUGCAUCAAUCCUGUGUUACUUCCACCUUUUAAGCACUAAGUGUGGGAAUUUGGCAACCUUUCAAGAGCAUAAAUAAAAUGAAACAAAACAAGUUGUAAGGUGGCUUAACGUUGCUGUAUUUUCAGCAUUUGAAUGUUUUAUUUAUGUGUCAUUUUUUGGUGUGAAUUUUUGUUACCCAAAUGUUAGCAUUUGGUACCAUGUAGUGUUCUGUCCAUACGGAUCUGUAACUUAAGACUUCUAAAGCAAUGUAAAUAGGGCAGUAGGUAGACUGAACCCUUUUGUAUUCAGGUGCUGGUUGUUCCUCUCUACAUGGUGAAGAGAGACACUAUUUUUAUACUGCGAUACCAUGUAGGGCUGGGAAACCAACCUGAACCAGUUGGGAAUUGUUACCUAUAUCCAAUAUUUUUAUUAAACCUUGUUGGCUUGACACAUCUACUGAUUGAAAUGGAUGUCUUAGUCUAGGUUACUAUUUUGUCAUAUGGAAUAAAUAAAAAAAAUGCAGGAUAU